CGGCUCUUCCGCCCAUGAUCUUACCACCAACGACACCGUCAUUGUGGAUGACGAGAGCCUCGACAGUGGCCUCCGCGUGGUUGCCGACUCUGAUGAUGCCGCAAGCGACUGCUCUUCCUCGGAGGCUGGCUUCGAGCCGGGACUGUUCGAUAACUAUGGCAAGACGUCCACAUCAUCGUCGCUGCGUCCCGGAUCGGGAUUGUCAUCGGGUCGCGACACGCCGCUGACCACCCACAGCCCCGCUCCAAGUGUCCAUGCCAACGCCAGCAUCAGAACCGCCUGCGUCUCUGCCACGCCUGUCGACAAAGCAGACAGCCAGGACGAGGCCAGCCAAGGCGACACUACUGCUGCUGCUGCUGGUACUACUACAGCUGCCGCUACCGCAGACAAUGUCGAGGCAAGUCGAUACUCAGCUCUCAACGGCACCGGCACCAACAGCAGCAGUGACGCUCAUGGUCAGAAACUCACCUAUGCCGCUGCAGCUGUCUCUGCCCCUGCCCAUGGCGCUCCCGUCGCCGCUGUCGACGCCAUCUCCGCUGUGCCCGGCAACAUCAUGGUCAAUGGCGAGCCAGCCGAUGCUGACUCUUGAGGGGGAGAGGUUUCUGGCACACCGAAACGCUAAGGACCGGGGAGUUUCGAGGACCUUUUUCUUCUACCCGUUCUUACGUGUUCCCCAAUGGGAAAAAGAAAGAUCAGAUCUCAGUGGUACUCUCAUGAGUGGGCAUUUGAAGUCUCGAGUUCACCAGGCCCCCAUCUCACCGUACACUUCAUUCGGUCUUCACGUGGACGGAAAGCAUGACGCGGCACACACAACCAAGCACACCAAAUAAUAUAAUCAUGAGGUACACCCGCAGGAUGGCUACGGGGUGGUUACUUUCCCGCAGGGAGAUAAUGCAGCACAUGUCAUAGGC